CCCCAAGCCACAGAUUUUGCUGUCGGACUCGCUGCACAGCCGCGAUUUCGCUGGUUCAAGGCGACUUUCCAUCCCUGCGUCACCAUAUCUGGUCGGUGGCGCCUCGCGAAAACGCCAUGCGAGCCAUGCACCGCUUUUGCUCCGGAGCUCUGCUCUUGGCAGCCGCUGCCCACGCCGCAGACGAGUUACAACUCGAUUUCAAGCUCAAUAAUGGUAACCUAUUUCCAGCGGUCGGACUGGGAAUAGGAAACAUGCAGCGCGACCGAAUUCCCAACGUGCUCGGGACCGCGAUGCUGCAGCACGGCGUACAACUCGUGGAUACCGCGAUGGCGUCAAAUACAGAUGCCGCACUGCGGGAUACGCGCGGACUGCAAGUGGUCACGAAGGUCUGGUACACUCAUUUAGGCUACGGGCGCACAAAACUGGCAGUGGAAGACAUGCUCGACGGGUUAAAUGGCUGCUGCGCGGUGACCAUGCUGAUCCACUGGCCGCGCUGCCGCGACGACAUCAGCUGGAUGCACUGCGCAGAAGAAGAGCGGGCCCUCCCGCAGCGCGUCAAGGACGCCGGACCUGCCCCAGCCGAGGACGCGUGGAAGGGCUCGUGGCGGGCCUUGGAGGAGUUCUACGCCGCUGGGCGUCUUAAGAAUAUUGGCGUGAGCAAUUUCGAGCUAGAUGACCUGAACGAACUGCUCUCGUCCUGCAAGGUCGUCCCGCAAAUUUACCAGGGCAACGCCUGGCAACUCUGGUUCCGGCCCGAAGUCUUGCAAAGACUCGGUGAGGAACGCGUCGUGUAUCAGGCCUACAACGUCGUGAACGGCAUCGUGACGCGAGAAAGCGCCGCGCCGCGCGCCUACCGGGUGCUGGCGGACGUCGCGCGGGCGAAGAAUGCAGACGUCGGCACCGUGGUCCUCGCGGCUCUGAAACGUAGAGGGGUCGCCACUAUCCCCCGCGCGUCGUCUCCGAACCAUCUGGCGGCGAACGCGCCGCAAGCCGUCGCCUCGAUAGCUCUCGACGACGGCGAGGCAGACACAAUUGAUGCCGCCAUGAAGGCGCUCAUGAGCGGCCGCGACCUCCCGCCGGAACAGCCGGUGGUCGCCACGUUCACGUCCUCGCUGGACGCCGCGGUCCGGCUCUUCUGGAGGAACCCGGACACCGGCGAGGAGGUGCUCAACGGUGAAGUCAGCGGGGGCGACGGCCUGCGGAUCCACACCCACCCAGGCCAUACGUUCCGGGCCUACCGCGGCGACGAGCUCGUGCGGAGCUUUACGGUGACGGCUGAACGCGGCGGGGAGGAGGCGUUUGAGUUAUGAGUG